GACCGAGUGAGGGCGGAAGUCGGGGAGGCCGGCGCGGCCUAGGAGCAGGAUCGCUGAUGGAGGCGGAGGAGCAGCAGCGGCCGCCGGCCGAGGGGCCGGGGCCGGGGCCAGGGCCGAGGAAGGAGGAGGAGGAGGACGCCAUGGACGCCUUCCUGGACAAGUUCCGCAGCCAGCAGUAUCGGGGCCGCCUGCACGAGGACACGUGGGAGCAGGAGUUGGAGAAGAUCCCGAUGUUCAUGAAGGAAGCCCCAUCGGAAAUCAAUCCCCAAGAAAAUCCCGAGUUGGCUUGUCUGCAGUCCCUCAUUUUCGAUGACGAGAGACCCCCAGAAGAGCAGGCCAAGACCUACAAGGAUGAAGGCAACGAUUACUUCAAGGACAGAGACUACAAGAAAGCAGUGGCUUCGUACACCGAAGGGCUCAGGAAGAAGUGCUCGGACCCCGAUCUCAACGCCAUGCUUCUGACCAACCGUGCAGCGGCACAAUAUCACCUGGGCAACCUGCGCUCUGCUCUGAAUGACGCUGCGGCGGCCAGGAAGCUUAGGCCGAGCCACCUCAAAGCCAUCAUCAGAGGUGCAAUCUGUCAUCUGGAACUGAGAAACUUCUCGGAGGCAGUGAGCUGGUGUGACGAGGGCCUGAGGCUGGACUCCAAGGAGAGGAAGCUUCUGGAAAUAAGGGUCAAGGCGGACAAGCUGAAGCGAGCCACGGAGCGCGAUCUCAGGAAGGCAAAGGUGAAAGAGAGGAAGGACAAGGCCCAGAAGGGGGUGCUGCUCCGCGCUGUCCAGGCAAGAAACAUCCAGGUGGUGUCCCCAGCCGCCGAGGAGGACGAGGAGGAGCAAACGUCACCCCAUGGGGGCCUGGGCUCCGAGAAUGCCGUCGGCGCCAGGGUGUCCCUGGAUGACCACGGCCGGCUGAGCUGGCCCACGCUGCUCCUCUACCCCGAGUACGGCCAGAUGGACUUUAUCUCGGCUUUUCAGGAAGACUCCAGAUUCAUCGACCACUUAAUGGUGAUGUUUGAGGAGCUGCCUCCCUGGGACCUAGAACGGAAGUAUCGCCCGCAUCGUCUGGAGCUCUACUUUGAAGAUGAAGACCGGGAGGAGGUGCACCAGGUGAGGCCAGAGAGCACCUUGCUGGAGGCGCUGCAGCAUCCCAGGUACUUUGUCAAAGCAUGGACACCGGUCUUUCUGAUCUUGGUAAAACAGUCUCCUUUUUGCAAGAAUUUCUUCCGGGGCAGAAAGGUACAUCGGCUAAAGUGACGGCAGCCCCCCACGAUCAAGCCUUGCCCGGCAUCGCUCCUGGAGGGCCUGCUGAAAGCUGGCAGGAGAGACGGGGCUAGGGGCGUCUCGCUGCCGGCGCUGCCUCUGGCCGGCCGGCGCUCAUCCCCCAGGCUGCUGUCCAAAUUCCUCUCCCCUUUGGAGAGACUCUUGGCAGAACACCACUUUAAUACAGCGUAAUCAUGUUUUAAAAAUAAUUUUAUUACCAACUUAAUGACCAUCUCCAUGAAAACAAAACAAUAAAAUCCUAUUUGAAGCCAGAAACCUGAA